GGUUUUUAGGUGCGCCUUAUAGUGUGGAAACUACAGUAAUCUGUUUUUGUCACUGUCCUGAUGAUGUGUUGUCCUGCAGGUUUGAGAAGAUGAUCAGUGGGAUGUAUUUGGGGGAAAUCGUUCGGCUAGUGCUGAUGAAGCUGACGGAGAAGAAGCUGCUGUUUAAAGGGGAAGCGUCUGAGGCCCUGCAUACUCCAGGAACGUUUGAGACAAAGUUCAUCUCUAUGAUUGAGGAGCCGGACAGUGGUCUGGAAAAUGCCAAAAAGAUUCUGACUGAAUUGGGUCUGAGGUGGGAUUUGGUUGACGCCCGUGUGGUUCGACUUGUCUGCGAGACCAUCUCCUCACGUUCUGCUCGUCUCUGUGCUGCUGCCUUGGCAACCAUCGCCAACCGUAUUCUUGCCAACCGAGGGCUGCCUCAUCUGAAGACGACAGUGGGAGUGGAUGGGACCGUCUACAAAAAACAUCCCAAUUACAGUGACAAGCUCCAGAAAGUAUUGCACCUCCUUGCCCCCAAUUGUGACAUCAAGUUUCUCGUCUCUGAGGACGGCAGUGGGAAAGGUGCUGCCAUGGUUACCGCUGUGGCUCAGCGGCUAGCUCUCCAAUCACGGCUGUUGGAGGAGAGCGAUGGUGAGGAAGAUGAAGAGGAAAAAAUGGGAAGCUAACAGAGCACAAUUUAAGACAUUUUCAUUAACACAUUGGAGAACUUAUAAAAACCCUGCUGUACUUUAAUCAACUUGUGA